CCUCGCCAGUAGCGAGUAGCGAGUAGCGAGCUUGCCUCCACUGCUAGCACACUCACCGUCGUUUUCGAACGGGCUGUUUGUUGUUGAGCUUUUUUCUCUCUCUCUCUCCAGAUUCCGACAUGUCGUCGAGGACACUCCCGCUGCUGUUCAUCAAUCUCGGUGGAGAAAUGCUUUAUAUUCUGGACCAGCGGCUACGAGCUCAAAAUAUCCCCGCCGACAAAGCUAAGAAAGUCAUGAAUGACAUCAUCACCACCAUGUUUAACAAGAAGUUUCUGGAGGAGCUUCUCAAGCCCCAGGAGCUGUAUUCCAAGGAGGCGCUCCGCACCGUCUUUGACAGACUGGCCCACGCCUCCAUCAUGAGGCUCAAUCAAGCAAGCAUGGACAAGCUGUACGACUUGAUGACCAUGGCCUUCAAGUACCAGGUUCUCCUCUGUCCACGGCCGCGGGACAUCCUCCUGGUCACCUUCAACCACAUGGACGCCAUCAGGGAAUUUGUCAAGGACACGCCUUGCAUUUUGGCUCAGGUGGACGAGACGUACCGGCAACUGAUGGAGAUGUACACUCUGUUGCCGAGUGGCGAAUUCCAGCUCAUUAGACAAACUCUUCUCAUCUUCUUUCAGGACAUGCACAUAAGGGUAUCUAUUUUCCUCAAGGACAAAGUUCAGAACUCCAACGGCCGAUUUGUGCUCCCCAUCAGUGGUCCGGUGCCUCACGGGACACAAAUUCCAGGCUUGAUAAGGACGUAUAGCUGCACUGGCGAGGAGACCGGCAGGCUGCAGUUCAAAAAUGGCGGAAACUACACGGCUGCACUCUGCGAAGGAUCCUUUGAGCUGUUUGGCGACAGGGUCACCAAACUGGGCACGAACAUGUACAGCGUUUGCCGUCCGGUGGAAACUCACAUCGCGGGAACCUCCAAGCACUCAGCUCAGCACACCAAGGUCAACCUGGCUCCCAACCCGCUAGCUAAAGAAGAGCUCAACCUCUUAGCCAAACUCAUGGGAGGCUUGGAAGUCCACAAGGCCGGCGGCAAUGCCGAGAGCGAUUUCCGGGUUAACCUGUUCGCAACCGACGAGGAGGAAGAAGAGGCGUUAAUAUCCAGACCGGAUGAGCUGUCGUAUGGAUUCAUAAACAUCCAAGCUACAAAGGACCAAACAGCCAACGCCGAGCUGGCCAAGAUCAUGGGUGAGUUCAGCGGGUCUCGGGAGUCACCUGAGCGAUCCCCGAGUGACUGCAGCAAAGGAGACGACCUCCUGGCCAUGAUGGAUGGUCUGUGACGCCGUUGGGUUAGGAUGGAGCGGCAAAAGUCAUGCACAGGCAACCUUCUGGUUCUUUUCCUCCCUGUGCCGUCGGGAUUGUGCUACAUUCAGGCUGAAUGGCCCACAGCCAAUUUGGACACCACCCAAACGUUGUAAAGUACGCCAUGCGGGUCAUAUCCGAAUUGGUGGAUAAUUCAGGCACCGGCAUUUUUUAAAAAGGACCUUUUAUCGGAUCGUUUUCAUAUAAUACGGACGGCUCCAUCAUCCCAAGUGCUCUUUUCUAAUCCAAUUGUAAUCCAAUUUUGAUGCUGCGACAUUACGAUACGCGCUCAGGAGGGAAAGUACGAUGUCAUUUUACGUGAAAGUCUCAAAAGGAAGGAAAACUUGUUGGUGGCUACCUGCAAUGUCAAAACGUGUGAAUAUGUUUCUUUAAUAGUUGUAUUUAUUGGAUUUAUGUACGGUUUUCUCUGACUAGAUGUGCAUAUUUCUGCAAUAUAGCAGUUCCAAAAAUAAAAUGACCUUUUACAGAU